AUGUGCUUGGUUUGUUUUUCAUAUAAUCACAACACAGAUGAAAUUAUCAUCUGUGAGGACGAAACGCACACCUUUGUAUGCCCUGCUGGAGAAAUUGUUGUCAUCCAGGAGGCGUUUUAUGGUAGAGAUGAUGAACACAUAUGUUUGAAUCGAGACCAGCGCAUUCCUGUCACCAAUUGCUCCUCGUCGGUGGCACUCGAAAGAUACCAGGAGGUCUGUGACAAUAAAAAUGAGUGUACUGUGACAGCUAGCGAUUCUGUGACCGGGGAUCCUUGUGUCAACGUUCGAAAAUAUGCACGAAUCACAUACACCUGUGCUACAAGCAAUCCUGUUAAUGUAACUGAAGUAGACGAAUGUCUCCAAGAGGAUGUCAUGAGGUGUAUGAAUUCUUACCUGUCAAAUGCCUUGUUCAUUGGAUUGUUUCGGUUUGACGACAGAGAAGAACUCUGCAGGAGUUCUUUAUCUCUUGAAACUUGUAUCAGAGAUGGUAUGGCGAGAUGUUCCCCACAGCUACUGGCCCAUUAUAAUAAUUUGUAUGGUGUAAUAGGCAACUCAGUCAUCUCCUUACGUGACAGUGUAUGUAAGGAGACGGAAAAAGAAGAUGAGGAGGAGGAGGAGGAAGAAGAUGUGUUGUCUUGUUCACCUUUUAAGGCCUGGGAGUGUAUAGCUGAGCUUGGCAUGGACCUGUCGUAUUAUAAAACUAGUAGAGAAAAGGGUGAUAUCUGUAGAGUUGCUGAACAUUCCUCUGCAUGCUACCGUCACUACCUUCACAACUGCACUGAUCCAGUCAAUAAUGCCAUGUCCACGACCAUUGAGAAAGUCACUCGUCAUGCGUUACAAAUGUGUCAUGGCGAUAACAGGAAACCAAAGGACAUUGACCACUCUUCGCCACCUACAUGUGUUGAUCCGAAGAAGAAGACAAGUUCUCACUGUAAUCAUGUACAAGCUCUCAAGAGUUUAGCUAAUUUGUUUGAAGAGAUCUUCAAUCCCUAUGGUUCUCAACAAAGGUUGUGUGUAGAGUAUGCCAAUUCCCUUCAGAGUAUAUACAGUAACAUUAAUGCCUGUCCUACAUACAUAAGAAGGAACGUUCUGUCAGGAUUACAGACAGUAAAGGCAUUUAAGGCCACAGAUUCUUGUAGUGUGGAGGUCAAAUCACCAUGCCAACCGCCUCCUAGCAACUGUAAGAUACAUCACGCUGAAGCAUGUGUUCACAAGCUGAAAGUCAGAUUAAGUGGAGAGAGCUCGGAGGUCGAUGACGCUGUGUGCAGCAUGCGAACAGAGGUGAAACAAUGCAUAGAUGAGAAUAUUGCUGAGUGUUCGAAAACAGAAGUAUACCAGGUAACCCAGAAGUAUUAUGCUGCCCUCCAGAUCAUUGGAAUGUUUUGUGAUGAAGGAGGUGAUGGUGAUGGCUCCACAGAAGUAGUUGACCCGGAGGUCACAGAUAUCUAUGGCUGCAUUAGUAGUUUCCAUAUCAAAGUUGCAAAAGUAUUGGAGCUAACCAGAACAGGUGGAACAACCUCAGGAUCCACAGCAGGAAGUGGACAAACCUCAGGAUCCACAGCAGGAAGUGGACAAACCUCAGGAUCCACAGCAGGAAGUGGACAAACCUCAGGAUCCUCAGCAGGAAGUGGACAAACCUCAGGAUCCACAGCAGGAAGUGGACAAACCUCAGGAUCCUCAGCAGGAAGUGGACAAACCUCAGGAUCCACAGCAGGAAGUGGGCAAACCUCAGGAUCCACAGCAGGAAGUGGACAAACCUCAGGAUCCACAGCAGGAAGUGGACAAACCUCAGGAUCCACAGCAGGAAGUGGGCAAACCUCAGGAUCCACAGCAGGAAGUGGACAAACCUCAGGAUCCACAGCAGGAAGUGGGCAAACCUCAGGAUCCACAGCAGGAAGUGGACAAACCUCAGGAUCCACAGCAGGAAGUCGGCAAACCUCAGGAUCCACUGCAGGAAGUGGGCAAACCUCAGGAUCCACUGCAGGAAGUGGGCAAACCUCAGGAUCCACAGCAGGAAGUGGACAAUCCUCAGGAUCCACAGCAGGAAGUGGACAAUCCUCAGGAUCCAUUGCAGGAAGUGGACAAUCCUCAGGAUCUACUGGUGGUGCAAGCCCAGGAUCUGAUAGCAAAGACUCUGGAGAUAAGGACUGUAAUGCAGAGGAAACUGAGCUAGAAGGUGUAUGUGCAAAUGUUAAAGCAGCAUGGCGGUGUAUUCAGAAAAACCUGCCUCGUCUUGCUUACCAUGAACGUGUCAUACUCAACCACACCUUGUAUGCUGUGUACCAGGCAGUGGAAUACACAUGUAGACCCCAAGUUUGCCAUGGCUGUACUGAACUUGAUGAUAAUGACCUGUGCAACAAGCAGCACCCUGAAGAGUGUGGAAAAGGGGAGGUGUGUUACACCAAAACCAUGGAUCGUAAACUGUACAAGGGAUGUCAGUCCACAGGGAAAUGUGACCACUCGUGUGCCUCAGACGAACACUGUGGUUACUGUUGUACGGGAUAUCUGUGUAACAAACCACCACACGUUGAAGAUCCACUCAUGUGUGAUGUAAGCAGAGCAGUGUCGUGUGCCAUGCAGGUUGUUUCGAUAGUAUCCAAAACAGACAUAAUUACUGAAAGGGUACUGAGUGCCAGUUUGACCUGCAUGGAAACUUACUCUCGUGACUGUUCCUCAGACAAACUCAUUAUCAUCUACAAAGUUUCAAUAAUAAUCCGUGAGAUGCUGACAGUAAGUGGGUGUGCUGCUGAGUCAUCUCUUUACCGACACUGUGGUACUAUAGGAGUUCUUUCCCUUGGAAGAAUAUCGUCCAGUCCUUAUGCUGCAGACAGGACAAAGUGCAGCCUGCUGAAUUCUACACAGACUUUGUUGGAAAAUAUUGAGAAAUCUGAACAGUGUUUCAGUAAUGAACUUGAGCCAGUUCUGAAAUCAAUGGAUGAUGUCAAAACCUCAUUCAUCGGCGACGCUUGUUCAGAUGACUUUGUUCAGCCUAGGUGUCAAAUUGAUGCCAUUUUCUCCUGUUUUGGCAUUACAACAGACAACUUCACCAAGGACGGAUUGUCUAUGACAAAUUUCACUACCUGUGUUAACAGCUCAUUAUUGGAGACAAACAAUUGUCUUGUGGACAAGAUGGCUGCCUGCUCAACUGUACAGAAGGCAACAGUCUCUGGAUUGAUCAAUAUGUAUGUAAAUUUGAUAGAAAGCACCUGCUCUACUCUGGACGUGUCUUCAUCGGUGGAAUUAGUAAGAAAACCUGUGACCUUUGACAGCGACCUUGAGCUCUGUAUCUCUGAUUUCUCAGUUUCUGUAAUGGGAGGUGUUAACAGAGACAAUGCUGACGUUUGUGAUGCCUACCUCAACACAAUGUCAUGUGUUGGGGACCUGGAGUUAUCUCCCUUCCAAAAGGCUUUAGGGCGAAGCUUUGUAACCCUCACCAGCAAAAGCUAUGAUGCUGCCUAUAACUGCAAUGGCCAGAAAGGUGAAAAACUUACCAUCUGUGAGGGAUCUACCACUACUAUCAAAUGUCCUGCUGGAGAAGUUAUCGACAUCCUUGAGGCAUUUUAUGGCAGAGAAAAUGACCUCACAUGUUCGGGACCAGGCAAGCCAAUCAGAACCACUGCUUGCUCCUCCCCUGUGGCCCUUGAAAGAUACGAAGAAAUCUGUGACGAUAAAAACAGCUGUACUGUGACAGCUAGUAACUCUGUGACAGGGGAUCCAUGUGGAGGCACUUAUAAAUAUGCACAAAUCACAUACACCUGUGUUGCAGACAAUGCGGAUGAAAUUAUAAUCUGUGAGGAUGAUACUGAUACCUUUGACUGCCCUGCUGGAGAAGUUGUCCUCAUCCAGGAGGCGUUUUAUGGUAGAGAUGAUGAUGUGACAUGUUCAGGUCCAGACAAACCUAUCCUUACCACCACUUGCUCCUCUCCUGUGUCCCUAGAGAGAUACAAGGCGAUCUGUGAUGAUAAAAACAGCUGUACUGUUACAGCUAGUAACUCUGUCACAGGGGAUCCAUGUGAAGGCACUUAUAAAUAUGCACGAAUCGCCUACAGUUGUGUCAGUCCAGGCACAAAUGACUCAGUGGAAGUCUUGGACUGUGACCUUGACCUCACUUAUGGAUACUUAGCUCACCACACCAUACAGCUUUACACCAGCCGUCUAUUCACCCAGUCAUCUGCAUAUGACACCUGUAGGAAAGCGGCAAUGAUAAAGUCAUCGGUCCAGACAACCAUGAGCAGCUGUAAGUCCCAUUCCACCCUGAAGACGUUGCUGGAGCUGUUUGAUAUUGCUGUGACCCAGGUGUGUGUGGGAGAUAUACCAAGUGAGGAUGAUGAGGCAAUUCCUGAACAAUGUAGCAUUGCCAUGGCUGAGGAAUGCUUCCGCCCAAUCAUACCUUACUUCAGCGCCAUGGUGAAUGAUACCGAGGGCCUUUGUUGGGAACUAGAGUCACUACGUCAGUGUGUACGGCGCUACCAACCCAAUUGUCCAGAUGCUGAUUUUAAAUCUGUGACAGAUAGUAUGGCUAUUGUCAUGGAAACCUUCGGAGACAGAUGUGCAUCCCCUGAUGCACCCUCUGGUACUUGCAAUAUACCAUUUGGAUUGAAAUGUGUUGAUGACCUUAAGGAAAGUUCAACAGGAUGUAGCAACUUGGAUGAUGUAAGAGCAUGUGUCGACAGUAACGUAACAGGAUGUUCCAUUAUCUCCGUCAUGGUUGUUAGAUUUCAUCUGAUUGGUACUGUUCGGCACCACCUGGCGUCAUGUGACCAGGAUCUACAGACUAACGACCCAAUAGUGGACAAUCUCAUCAGCUCUUGUGCUCUUCCGAUGGAUAAUUCUUCUACAGUGUUCAUGAGCAGUGUUUCACCUAGUGCACAAACAUGUGACACAGUGUCAUCCUUCGUUAAUUGCUUGAAGGAGAAGUCUGAAGAAAUGAAUGUUAUAGUGCUGAAGCAGGCAUUAGAGAAAUAUCUUCCAACGUAUUCGGCAAUGGUGAACAGCUGUAAGAAAAGCAGUGACGAGUUUGUACGCCCUGGCACAUGUCCCGUGUUGGCUUUGGGAUCAUGUGCAAAAGAGUGCUUCUAUGAUGGGGAGUGUAAGCAAAGUGAAAAGUGCUGCGAUAAUGGAUGUGGGAAAAGCUGUGUUCUAGCUGUUGGAAACAAUGUGAUUGCAUUUGACACACAAAUACAGACCUCAGGGAGCGAGUCCACAGACUACACAUACACACUGUUGAGUGAGUACGGUUAUGUUCUCCAGUCAACUUCGAUCAUAUUUGAGGUGAAAGCUUGUAAUGAUGUCCAUGUCGGACUGAAGGAGGAUGCAGACCCUGAUGGAAGCUUGUAUGAGAUUGUCCUUGGUGGCUGGUCGAACACCAAAUCUGUGAUCCGUACUGUGAAGCAGGGUGACAGUAAAGUGGAGCAGACCGGAGAGGUUUUGGAUUGUGAUAGGUACAAGAGGUUUAACGUAAGCUGGUCAGGGGGUGUUGUGACCGUAAUGAGGGAUACAGACUCUGGCUGGGUACAGCUGAUGACUUGGAGUGACAUCGGUGGGGGUCUGAAUGUCCAGUUUGUGGGAUUAUCUACUGCACGGUGGAGUAGCGGUUCCUGGAAGGUUGGCCAGUCAGAUGCAGAAGACAACCAGGGUGUUUGUGAUAUUGGCCUUGCCUGGAGCUGCUUAACAUCAUUCACAGUUACCAGUGUCUUAGGGCCCUUCUACCUAGGCAACACAGAAAAACAGGCCCUGUGUAGUGUGAAAUCACUAGAUACAUGUGUAGGUACAGCAACUGCAGGCUGCCCUGCCUCUAUAGAUCAACAUCUGGAUAUGAUGCGAUUCCUGGCAUGGACAGGGUUACACAUGACAGGGUUGUGUGAGGAGAAUGUCUAUUCAUGCUCCACUUCCAUGGCUAUUCAAUGCAUGAGUGAACUGAGCUUCUUAAUAGGAUACAACUCGGCCAUGUCGGGCGACACGUCUGCCAUGAAUGACAUUCCCAACGUGUGCAGUGUGUAUAAAAGAAGCAGAACCUGUUUGAUCCGCAAUCUGUAUGGGUGUAGUGCUAGCCAAAAACGUUCUGUGCAGAAAACGUUUGAAGAAUUGGAAUGCCUGAUGGGAAAUCAGUGCAAGAUCAUUGAGGAGCCAACUGUGACGGGAAAAGCAGCUGAAUGUAUAGAUAUUGAAGUACAGUCUGAUAGCUCUUCCUGCUCAUUGAUGGAUGCCAUGUGGUGUCUGGAUGACCUGAGAUGGAAUUUAGCUUUUCCCGUCAGUCGUGAAGGAAGCGUCUGUUUAUCUUAUUCAAAGUCUGUCCAGUGUUUUGUGGAUGAAAUAAGUAGCUGUCCUCCCAGAUUCAAGAAGUUAGCUAUGACUGUAUUUGAGGAGUUUGCUCCCUUUGUGAGUGAUUGUCCGACUGUUCUACGAUCUCCCUGCCAGGAGGAAGAAGACCUUUGUAAAUACUCUGAACUGACUGCAUGUGUCAAUGUGGUCAGAGAAAUGAUGCUUACUUCUGUUGAGGAUGCACAGCUCUGUGUUGCAUUCUCUAACGCAUGGGACUGUAUCAAUGCUAAGUCUGCUGACUGCUCAAGUAGUCAUGUGAUAUCCAUUCAAAGAACUCUGACCAGCCUAGAGAAGGAGAGGCCCUUCCUUAUCUGUGAUGAUACUCUGCAGGUUUGUUACUACCGAUACAUUGAGAUUGUUGAGGAAAUAUUGACCAAGCAGCCAAAUGCAGUUGGACCACCAGCCUCGGGAUCUGCAAGCGCACCAUCAGCCUCGGGAUCUGCAAGCGCACCAUCAGCCUCGGGAUCUGCAAGCGCACCAUCAGCCUCGGGAUCUGCAAGUGCACCAUCAGCCUCGGGAUCUGCAAGCGCUCCAGCCUCGGGAUCUGCGAGCGCUCCAGCCUCUGGAUCUGCAAGCUGCUCCAGCCUCUGGAUCUGUGAGUGCUCCAGCAUCGGGAUCUGCAAGCGCAUCAUCAGCCUCGGGAUCUGCAAGCGCACCAUCAGCCUCGGGAUCUGCAAGCGCACCAUCAGCCUCGGGAUCUGCAAGCGCUCCAGCCUCGGGAUCCGCGAGCGCUCCAGCCUCGGGAUCUACCUCUACUAAGGAAGUUUGGGACAAUUCUGCAUCGUGUGAUGCUGUGGUGGAAGCUUAUGGCUGUAUCCAAGAUAAACUGCCCAGCUCCGGAUUACCUAAGGCUCUUAUAUCCAUGUUUGAUU